AUGCGCACUUCACGCACCUCAAAAGAUACGGCCAAGGUUCUGCAGGCGCUGUCGCCUCCGCACCGCCAGACUCGAAACGCUUCGCUCAAUGGCAGCGCGUUGAAGAAUUUCGCCUACAAUGGAGACUCUACCGUCAAGACCGAGUCAUCUCCACCUCAAUCACGUUUUUCUCAGGCCAACAGUGACGAUGAGUCGCCCCUCUCGUCGGCUGCCUCGACAGAUAUCGAAGACCUCCUAGAACCUCGCCCGAAACGCCGCAAACGCACCGUAGACCCGACCAGCCUGCCAACCCGCAAUCGCAGCCCGCGUCGCCCCGGCGCGUCUGCUGUGAAGGAAGGAUCCGAGAAAAAAGCAACACCAUCCAAACCCCGACGCCUGCCAGCCAGAAAAACCCGCGAUGCUGAAGGAACCGUCAAGGUCGAGCCCCCGUCCAACUGGGAGACCAUGUACAAUCUCGUGAAGAAGAUGCGCGAAGACAACCCGACCGCGCCCGUCGAUACCAUGGGGUGCGCAGAGCUGUAUUGGCGGGCAUCCUCGCAGCGCGACCGUCGGUUCCAAACCCUCGUCGCGCUGAUGCUUUCGUCGCAAACCAAGGAUACAGUGACGGCCGUGGCAAUGCAGCGACUACAUACGGAGCUGGGGGAAGAUGCACCGGUCCCUGAUGAUGAUGUCAAAAUCAAGUCCGAAGACGACGAUACCGCUUCCAAAGAAGCCAAAGACAGCACCCUCAACCUCCAGAAUAUCCUGGCGGUUUCCCCCACCCGGCUCAAUGAGCUGAUCCGCACUGUCGGGUUCCACAACAACAAGACCAAAUACAUCAAAGCCGCCGCUCUCAUAUUGCGCGACGAAUAUGACGGUGAUAUCCCAUCUACACCAGAAGGCCUGAUGAAGUUGCCGGGCGUCGGGCCCAAGAUGGCAUACCUGUGUGUCAGUGCCGCAUGGGGCCGGCAUGAGGGAAUCGGAGUUGAUGUUCAUGUUCACCGGAUCACCAAUCUCUGGGGCUGGAAUAAAACCAAAAACCCCGAGGAGACGCGUGCCGCCCUCGAGUCGUGGCUGCCACGCGACAAGUGGCAUGAGAUCAAUAAGUUGCUGGUGGGAUUGGGACAGACGGUCUGUUUACCUGUCAAGCGCCGCUGCGGGGAGUGUUAUUUGGCUGGGACGAAGCUGUGCAAGAGUGAAGUCAAGGGCCUUGUGCCGCCCAAAAAAAGCCCCGUUGUUAAAGGGAGUCCCGACGCGGAGGAGCCAAAGAUUAAGAUUGAAGCUGUAUGA